UACUGUUUCAUGUCAGAUUUUAUCAUAAAAGAACCUAUGAAAGUUCUAAAAACUGAAAAUUUUCGGCAUUUGAACGAACCUAAUACAGAAUUUGCAACUGGAGCUGAAAGACCUUAAGUUCAGUACUGAAAUACUUUUAUCUGAGAAGGGGAUCAUGGAUUUCUUCCAUAGGUUGUGACAUCGCAGGUUUCUGCGACAGAGUUGUGUCCAAAAGAUGAGUGUUCAUACUCACAAUACCAAAAGAAGGAUAAAUGUCUUCAAAUAACCAAACUGUAAUGAGUGACAGAAUCUUCCAAUAAAUAGGAAAAGUGAAGCUGGAAUCACUGAUAAUGCUUUAUGACAAAUAGAAAAAGCGAAGAUGGGUUGAAAUGCUGUUACCCUUAUCAGUAAGAGGAUGCGAUUCUGGUUUUGGGUACAUUCGAUUUCUUUACUUGGUGGAAGGAACAGGCUGAAACAAGCGACUGCAACUGCAAACAAUGAUUGUACGUGGCAGGGGUAGUGCUGUUGGAUUGUGGAGUAAGUUUGAAUGCAUAGUUAAGGGCGUGGUAGCUCAAGAAAAUUGCAGAAGAAGACUGCUUCAACUUGGUGGUUGUCUUUACCCUUCCCAUGGUUUAACCAUAAUACCAAGAUCUGUAUUUAUAAAAUUAGAAUCACCUUCUAUGUGUAUUACAUUCUGCAAUCUUAUCCCUCCGAAGGAUUCAUCUGUCACGCCCAAGAAAUCCCCAACUGCAGAUUCAAUUUUCUUCCAUACCCAAGCUGCCAGGGUAACGAGCAUCAAGGGAAAUAUUGAAUCCAAAAUCCACUCAGGUCUUGAGGAUAAAGAGUGCCCACAUGAUGAUGAAGCUAUCUUGUUGAUUGCAGCGGCACUUGAAGAUCACCUCUGCAGGAAAUGGAAUUUAAGCAAAGCAGAUGUUUCUAGAGCAGUAAAAUAUGCUCCAAAGUUUGUUAUGAAGGUGAAAUCCCUAGUCAAUUCAAUUAACAAAAACACAGAAUCGGAUGGGCUUAGGUAUGAAGAGGGAUCAUUGAAAAAUGACUACAGGGCAGCAGUGGCAAACCUUUUCAGUAAGGACAGUGCACUCAAUGAGGUUGGCCUUUUUCUGGAGAGUAUUGGCAAAGAAGAAGAGGCCACAGAGCCACAACAGAUUGAACUUUGUACUGAUAGAGGAUUGGUUGCAGUCACCAGACAGUUGGAAUGGUAUGGUUUUCCCAGGAUUGAUGUUUAUAGCUUGAUUCAGCAACAUGAGUUUUUGUUAAACUGCUGUGAAUCUGAACUGGAGAAAACCCUGAAAACCCUUGAGAGUUAUGGUUUUAAUAGGGAGACAUUGUCAUCACUUUUGUAUUCUUGUCCGUAUAUCUUGAAAUCGGAAUACUUGAAUCAGUGGCAUUCUCUUUUUUCUGCACUUCAUAAAUAUCCGAAUAGAGCAUCUAUCAUUGAGAAACUAUUGAAGUAUUGUGUAAGGUUUGGACUGGAGCCUAUCGGUCCAGAAAAUUAUAAAGAAAAUAUUAAGUUUCUUUCUGACAAUAGAAUCCGGUCCUCUUCUAUAGGCAGCUGCUUGGAGAAAUGCCCUUUGUUAUUCUGCUUGAAUAGAUAUACUGAUUUAGAACCAAAGAUUCAAGUUUUAACAGAUUGUGGAGUGAGGAAGGAGACGGUAUAUCAUAUCCUGAGGAAGUAUCUGAAUUUUUUAACUUAUAGAGCAACAUCCCUCUCUUUGAAGAUCGAGUAUCUUAAGAGUAUUGGUCUAGGCAGAGAGGACAUGGAUCAAGUCUUUGGCAAUUUUCCUGCAUUAUUGGCCCACAGCAUUGAAGACAAGUUGAAACCAAUAGUUACUGAGUUACAGAGCUUGGGCAUCAGAGAUCAGCUCCUUGCAAAAACCAUUGUGGAUGAUCCUUCUGUAUUUUCAAUGAGAUCGGGUGGGGAGCUGUCAAGGUGUGUUGCAUUGCUCAAGAAUUUGAAAGGAAGAAAAGCUAUACAAGACAGGAUUUUUCAACAGGGUCUUAUAAAAGGGUGUAGGCUAGUCAAAUCACGGGUUGAAUUUCUGACUAAACAUGGGCUUUCUCAUAGGGAAGUUUUGAAGUUGUUAGAGAAGGAACCCCGCAUUAUUCUAUAUGAUCUUCAUUCUAUAGAAGAGAAGGUUAACUUUUUGACCAACGAUAUGGGUUUUCCUAUCAGAAACCUAUUAAGUGUCCCCAAUUUUUUGGGUGUUAAUUUUCAGAAACAGAUACUUCCUCGUCACAGAGUAAUUGCCUAUCUCAGAUCCACAGGUAGUCUUGGUGUGGAUGUUAACUUGAAAGAAAUGAUGAAACUGACUCGAAUCCAAUUUUACAAUAAAUAUGUACGACCCUAUCCUGACUGUGAAAAGAUUUUUGUAAACUGUACAAAUGAAGACAAAAAGCCUACUACUAAGUGGAAGAGAAAACAGCCAUAAUUUAAUAACAUAUGAGUUUUUUGUUUUCUUA